AUGCAUCUCAACCGCCUUAAAGCCGCUACAGUCCUUUCCAAGGCACAAUUAGACUGUGUCGUUUAUGGAGGCGAUGCACUCGUUUUCUUCUACGGCCUCCCUGUCUUAUUGACCGACUCCCUUCAACUAAUGGUUCACGAGGCUAAUCUUACCGCUGCGGGAAAAGCCAUUUGCAGCGCCCUUAAUUACAGCCAGGUUGAAGUUGAUGAGGCCCGCGACUUCAAGGAAGUCGCACGUUAUGUUCCACAAGGUUCAACCCCUACCCAUGCAUUCAAAAUUAAUAAGGACACAUUGUUAUUCACACACAACUUCCCAGAACAAGCGUAUGAAAAGUGUGAACCUCUCCGUAUCUAUAUCCAUGCCUCCACUGUUUAUCAUGUCAACAUGAACAACUCUUUGAGAUACUCCUCACAUCCGAAGCUACCAAAGAAUGACUUUCAGUGCGUUUACUUUCUUCGAGAGGAAGCGUACUACGACUCCAUUCUUGACACGAUGUUUAAACCCCCAAGUGGCUCCCGCCAUAUCAAACUCCUCGAAAUUCUAAGAUCCUAUCUUAUGAACCUCAUCUCCUUUACAACUACCCUCUCAGAAGGAAGAAUCUUCGUAGGUCAAGACUUGUAUGCCAAGAAGUCGCGGGAUCCAACUUCUGUGAAGAUACAUCCCUACCUUCUCAAAAGGCUCGCAUGUGUCCGGUUCGACAAUCGCACUUACUUGAUACGGGCUUUUGUCCAUGGUCGUCUCAAUGGGGAGGAAUCGGCACGAGAGCGGUCAGAGCUGCAGGGGUGUCUCAAGCUGCAUGGUUUGGCACAAGGGGCCACCAAGGGGCAGCAACGUGACCCUGCACCAACUUCUGCUGUGAAGAGUCUGACACCCUUUCUUGUUCAACGGCAUGGCGUUCUUGCUGUUGAAUGGCACCCUAUAUCAUGUCCUCCUCCCAACCGGAUCCCUUGA